AGAUUUUUAAUACCAAUACAUUUUCAAUGAAAAAAUUCAUAAUAUAUGAUCAUUUAAAAUCGAAUAUUCUUCAAGAUUUUAUUGAAUGAGACAUCAAUUUUUAAUUUCAUUUUCUUCUAGUCAUUUACAAAAUUGUCAAUUGUCACUCUUGUCAGUAGUUUGGUGCUCCUGUUGUCAAAGGACAACUGUAUCAUCUAAUGGCGGUGAACUUUUUACGGUUUAGAAGUAGAAAUUCUUGAAUUAUUUAGUACUUUACUGUGAGAAACGUUACUUAUAAAUUCUCAUUUUUAUGUCCUGAGUAAUUAGGACGAAAUGGCGUGCGGGAAUAUCAAAUAGUGGCGUUUGUUUUAUCGGUGGCUACAGGCUGCACAUUUAGUCUUUUUUGAGUGUGAAAAUGGCCCCCCAGCCUGACAAUGAUAAUACACCGAAAGCACCUGAUAAAAAUGAUAAAACUAAGGGUGAUAAACAUGGAAAUUCCGAUGCCAACAAGGAAAAAAACAAAGAUUUCAAGACUCUGAAUAAUUUAAACGACUGUGAACUGAAAGAUCUUUUAGAUGAGGCCAUUACUUACAAAAAUCCAAAAGAUAGAGAAGGAAAGAGUACACUUUUCAAGGAGUUACUUAGUCAAGCAGAAGAAUCAGAGAGAAAUGCUCGAGCUGCUAGUGCCGGGGGUUCUGAACAGGUGAGAUAUUGCAACACGUCUGCCAAGAGAUCCAAGCAUCGUCGGAAACCUAAUAGUAUAUCGGAAAAUGUUAUGCACGGCGGUAGUCUGGAUAACCUAGCCAAAGAAGACCUCUUUGAGGUAGUUCAUCACCUCAGUAAGCCAAAGAGGACAGUUAGCGCAAGACAAAGGGAAGGAGGGAGCCUCCCAUCUAACGUCAACGCUGGCAGCCUUUCCUCAUACGAUCCCCAUUUCCUGGAGGAGGCUCUGCAGAAGAGAACUGUCAGGGGUGGGGGGUCUCCAGAGCCUAUGGAAGUUGACAUGGAGACUGCCAAUUUAUUGGAACAUGAUUCGGUAGCCGAGAAUUACGAAAAGGGGGCCUCGGCAGAGGGUCGCGACAACACGAACCACCAGAGUGCCCCCAAGUUCACCACCAAAGCUUCCUUGCAAGUCAAUGUUGACGAUGCCCUCCAUUUCAAGGACCUAGACCAUGUAGAAAAGAAGCAUGAUCUUGAACAGAUAUCAGCAAAAGUGCUGCAGACAAAAUAUAGUGUUUUCAUCCAAGAUUACAAUCCUAUUAACGAAGCAUCAAAGAAGGUGGAUGAAAACGGCAAUGCCCUAAACCAAAAUACCGUUGCAAAGGCCAAGAAGAAAAAAGUCCAAGCAGAGAAAAACGUUAUGUCAUCUUAUUCUGCUGAGAAGCUGGUGGGUCAUCGUGGCGACAUCAUAAAUGACGUUGACAAACUAGUCGAAUUCAUAGGCGAUGGCCCCCAGGGAGGGAGCCAGAACAAGUCGAAUUCCCACCGUCAGAAACAGAUCCAUAAGAACGCAUCGGAAGUUAGCAGCAAAGGAGGUAAGAAGCAGAAAGGCGCGCAGUCCUCCAAGAACAAAGAGAACAGUGUCAAGAAUGACCUGAAGAAGAGCAACUCGCUGGAGGAGAUAUCGACGACAAAGCUGGAUGGUUUCAAGUUCGACGAGGACAACAAUGAACAAAAGUCAGAGCAACGAAAGGAAGAACCAGACAAGACGGCGGCCAAGGCUAAGACCGAGACCACCGAGAAGGUGAAGACUUUUGAGGUGGUGACGACAGAGCCAAAGACCGACGUUUUGGUUCUCGAAAGGCCUAAGGAACGCAAAACUGAGAACGUUGAGGUAAUCAUCGAGUCGUCUUCCGACUUUCACGUGGUAAGGAAGAAGAAAAAAACGAAAAAGGGGGUGAUUUCGCUGAGCGGCAGUCGACAAAAGCCGUCCAACGCAGUCGCGACCGGUUCGAACCUGUCUAAAUUGAACGGGACGACCAGUGAGCGACGUGCAUCCUCCCCGGUACCGCGCAGGAAGUCCGUGUGCUCUGUGCCGCAGAGUGAGAAGUCGAACGACAGCUCUGACGUCGAUUCGGUGCACUCCCUGCCUGCAGGUGGUAGCAGCCAGCAACAUCAUAGACGUGCCGCAUCGAAGGAGACGCCGAUUUCGUACGCGGACAUCGCGAGGAACGCUGAUAAGAAGCAGCCAGAGGCUCAGCAAAAGAAGCAGUUCUCCGACGCCAAGGUUGGAAACGAUUCCAUGAGCGACCAUGGCUCUCCCAAUGCAGCGGAGGCUGAACCAGCUUCUCCAAUGGUGGUGAUGGCUAACGCGCAGACGCAGACAACACCACCUAAGGAGCAGCCCCCAGAUGUUCACAAUAUCAAAAGCUUUCCGGCGAUUAGUAAGGCUGCUGCUACGACCUGUUCUUACUCUCCUGUAACCUUGAACAAGGUUGAUAAGAGUAUGAACACGUCAUCGCCCCCUAAAGGACAGAUGAGAUUGCAGCAGCAGUCAAACACUGAAAAGCCGAGGUAUUUUCAAUGCAACAAUGUUAAUAAGAAUAACGCCAAACCACAGACUGCCGUCGCCUCGUCGCAGACUAAUAAUCCUACCACUGUACCUGAGACGCAACCACAGCAAAAGCAGCGCGACAUAAAGACUGAUCUCUCGAUAAUACAAGCCAAUGAGAUAGAAACUGUGCAGAUGAACAACCAGAUGAUGCCCAGGAUGGAGAUACCGGACGUGCAAACAAUUGAAAAGUUGAACUACAUGAGUCAGCCUGGUGCUCACAUGCCCCUUCAUUUGCAACGUCACGUAGUUCCACCCCAACAUUUACACAUGGCUCCACCACCCCAAAGACCUAUUAAUCAACCACCUCCUCAUAUACCUAUAAUGAUGCCGCCUCCGGAAAUGUACCCUCACCAUGCUCCUCAAGCAUACCAGCCACCCGUAAUGACACAUCACCACCACCAUCAUCACCAUCACCCAACGCACCACCCUCUCGCGUAUCCUGCCCAGGCGUAUGAGGGCGCGGCCGUAACUUACGUUGAUCACGCCUUCCUCGCGCAACCGCCCCCUCCAUCAGGCGUUAUAGUUGUCAAUCACCACAUAGCACCGCCGCCACCGCCAAUUGUUGACAACCGCCAGGAAGUGGUAAACAUCCCUAGGGAGAAGGCCAACAAGUGGGCGGAAGGAGCGGAAGCGGCCAAAGCUAAACCAAGGCAGAAGAGGUUCGAUAAAUCUCAGAACGCUGGCAACGUUGAUCGAAGGAAAGACAGCUGCGGCUCUAGGCCGUCCCCUUCCCUAACUACUCCUCCUAUCCUCCCCAAUCAGACUGUGACUAACGCAGGUCGCGGACCCGUCCAAAGGCGCGCGCGUGGUGCGGAGCCGACGACGAUCCAGGCCAACUGUGAUAAUGAGGUGAACGCUAAUGAUAUUGGCGGUGCGAGUAGUGGCGAAGAAGACAGGCCGCCUGUAGUUAUCUUGAGCGGUGCCGAGGCGGUCAAGGACGUGCCCGGCAUUGAGUUCGGCUUCGCGGUGAAUCCAGAUCUGGUGAACCCUGACGUGACGACGCCUCAUGCCAUUAUUAACGCCUGCGAAUUCUUCGAUCGGUUCUUCAGGCCGCCAACGAACGCCAACGCCGAUGCGUACAACCAUGACAAGGUGGUUAAUUAUAUAGGUUCAGCUUGGGAAGACCUGUUAAAUUCCGGGAAAGCAGAGUAUUAUUCAAGCUCCGCCACCAACUAGAAAAAUGUGAACUUAAAACGAGAGUGAAUGUGUACGCUGUACAAAUUGUGUGAAAGUUGUAUAUUAUUUAUAUUGAAAAAGAUUUAUAUACUAGUCAAAUGUAGAAAGAGACAAUAAUAUAUCGAAAAAACGGUAUAGUCGAUUACUAGGAACGAUAACUAGUUACAAAAAAAUCAAAUUUUCCAUCAAACUUCAAUAUCAUUGAUAUAUGAAAAGAAUUGGCAGGAAAUUAUUUGUUCAGAAAUAAUUUACCUUAGCCAGAGACAAUUGAGCGAAAACAAAUGGGAACAAGAGAUUGAUGAUCAGUUUUGUAAAAAAAAGCCUGUCCAAUCAACUGAAGAUUUUAUUUGGAUAUUCGAACAGAACCUGUACAGAUAGUGAAAAAAUGAAUUGUGAAAUGUUUAGUCUCAUCCUCCAAUCAAGAUUUCUGAAAUGUUUUUUACAAACUAGAAUACAAUUUUUGCGAUUGAAUUAUUUUCAAGAGAAAAUAAUGGCAAUAAAGCACAUUGCACUGUACAGAAUAUAAUUAUUCCAAUUUGAGCAAUUCUUUUAAUAUUUGAAUAUUCUAAUGUUAAAAUUAUUUAACUAACCGAACUUGUAUAAUUUUAACAUUGGUAAAUUCAAAAAGAUUUUUUAAACUGUAUUUUUACAAAGACUUUUCAGAAAUCACGCUAAAUCAAAAUUUUAUUCACAAAAUAUACAAUAUUGUAAUAUAUCUGUACCCUGUAUUGUUAGGUUUUGUUAAAAGAAGUUAUAAAUAAUGUAUGAUAAUUCUUGUAUUAUAGAUUUAAAUGUACCAAAAUAAAAUGUAGGCUUUUUCAUGAAGAAAUUGAACCACUCCAAAAUUCAUAUUAAAAUUUUUGUGACAAUUUUUCUUCCGCCUUCUGUUUUUAUUUUUAAAUUUGAAUUUUGGAGUCUCUGCUAGGAGAUGGAACAACAUUCAAUGUAUACUGGCAAAAGAAUCAUUGUAUGAAAAAACUUAUGUCAACUUUGAAAUUUGCAGCAUGUUUGUUUCUGCAGUUCCUUGUAGGUUUGGUGAAUAAGGAGUUUUUUGAUAGAAUUCACAUAUUUCAACUUUGACAUUGUGUAUCAUUUAAAUUUUUUUGAUGAAUCUUCUGUAUUUCAUCAAUAUGUUUCAAGUUUUCUCAUUGCGGCAAUGUGAUUCGUUGUGUAUAUAAUUAUUUCUUUAUUUUUGUAUUGAAAGUAUUAUUAACUUUGGAGCAUUAUGAUAGAUAUUUAUUUUAAUUUUCUCGUCUAUUCCAUAAAUGAAAUCCGGACAUAAGAACUGCUAAAAACAUGCUGUGAUUUUCAUACAAUGGAAAAAUAAUAGUAAUUCAAAAGUGGCACUGUUUUAACUCAUUUCUCUGAUUUUUUUUGCAUUUCUUGAAUAGCUUUGUUUGAAAUAAUCAAAAACAAGAAACUCUGAGAAUAGUUGGAUUUGUUCUAAUGUUGAUAACCAUGUAGCAUAUGAAUAUAAUGAUAAGACUACAGCCAUCAGUCAGUUUUUUAGUUUUUUAAAACUAUAGGUAAAAAAUAUUGUAUAGUUUUGAAUUUAGACAAAUCUAUGAAAGAUAUCAUUUCUAUAUUUCUUACGAAUUUUUGCGCUCUAAAACCUAAAGAUUUCACUUCGAUAAGUUCCAUAAAAAACCUUGUUUUGGGUUCUAUGCAACAUUUCGAAAACUAACAUUUCAGUAUGCUGCUCACAUUCAAGGGUAAAGAACUCUGAUUUUUCAAUCGAUAAUCAAGUACUUCCAUAUGACUAUUAACAAAUCCGUCAAAAAAUAUAGCCAAGAAUUCCCUUAAAAAACAUUUUUUCAUUUAGUGGUUUUACAAAAAUUUCAUUGAUCUAGAAUUCUUUCCCUUGUUUGUAUCUACAGCUAGUUCCAAAGUAUAAUUUGAAUUCUACAUUUCUCCUAUUUUCUUAUUGGUUUGAAGCUACUGAAAUGAUUGAUAAUUUAGGUUUUUAGAACUCCAAGUUCCAAAGUUGUUAUGUUUGUUUUUCCUUUUUUUUUAAAUAUUUUUAUAUAGUGUAUCGCCGGAAUAUAUAAUUUAUCUGGUCGAUAAAAUAAAUUCAAAUUUAAAGUCAAUCAAAAGGAGUAUUCAGAAAUCAAAUAAUUUUCUUGUUCAGGGUUCCUUAAUAGUUAUAAAUGAAACUGUUAUUUUUUCAAUUAAUUUGUUAAUCUUUUUAAAUUUCUUUAAAACAAAAAUGUUUAUUGCUUUCUCAAUAUACCUUUAUUUAUUA